AGUGCAUCGGCAUUUUUCUUGCCUCUUGAGAGGGUAGUAAGGGCAUUGAAAUUUCUGCAGAAUGGAAGAGAUUCUUACUUAAGUAAAUGGGAAGCAGUUGCCAUACCUCGUGGUACGCUUCAGGUGACAUUUCUCCACAAAGGGUUUGAUGAGAUACGUCGGCUUGGUCUUCGAAGUGAAACAGAGCAGAUAGCACGGCAUGCAUCUAUACUAGGUGAAACUGGAAUGCUUGUGGUUGACUCUGUGGUACCAGGUGGUCCAGCUCAUAGCCACUUGGAGCCAGGUGAUGUUCUAGUCCGUGUGAAUGGGGAGGUAGUUACUCAAUUUCUAAAAUUAGAAACCCUACUUGAUGACAGUGUUGACCAGAAGAUUGAGUUACAGAUUGAAAGAGGUGGUGUACAACUGAACAUAAACUUAGCGGUUCAAGAUCUGCACUCAAUAACUCCUGAUUACUUUUUAGAAGUCAGUGGUGCGGUGAUACACCCUCUGUCCUACCAGCAGGCAAGAAAUUUCCGCUUCCAUUGUGGUCUUGUAUAUGUCUCAGAACCUGGAUAUAUGCUAUUUAGAGCCGGAGUUCCUCGACAUGCCAUCAUUAAGAAGUUUGCUGGUGAAGAGAUAUCAAAACUUGAAGAUCUGGUCUCUGUUUUAUCAAAGUUGUCUAGGGGUGCUCGAGUGCCUUUAGAAUAUAUAAGCUACACAGAUCGUCAUCGGAGGAAGUCGGUCUUGGUGACUGUUGAUCGCCAUGAAUGGUACUCCCCUCCCCAGAUAUAUACUCGUGAUGACAGUUCAGGUCUAUGGACGGCAAAACCUGCCUUUGAAUCUAAGCCGUUGCUGCUAUCGUCUGGUAUUAAUGGUGAGGCUACUCAUGUGAAACAUAUUCAUCAAGGCAAUAACCAAGAGUUGACUAAUGGAGUUGCUAGCAUGGAUACCAGUUUUGACAAUUCUUCUGCAGAGUCUGGUAUUGGAUCAAAGAAAUGGCGAAUAGAAGAGGAUUUAUCUUCUGAUGGUGUUGGUGCUGACUCUUCCUUACAUGAAACUGGGGAAGAUAAGCCAAGUGUCCCAAAUCCUAUUGUAAAUGCCAUUUUGAAAGACUAUCAGGGAGCAACGGUUGCAGCAGCCAAUGCUUCAGUUGCAGAACGUGUGAUAGAGCCUACUCUCGUGAUGUUUGAGGUUCAUGUGCCGCCUUCAUGCAUGCUUGAUGGAGUCCAUUCACAACAUUUUUUUGGGACUGGUGUCAUUAUAUACCAUUCUCAAAAUAUGGGAUUAGUAGCGGUUGACAGGAACACAGUUGCAAUAUCUGCAUCUGAUGUGAUGUUGUCCUUUGCUGCUUUUCCCAUUGAAAUUCCUGGAGAGGUAGUUUUUCUCCACCCUGUUCACAAUUAUGCUCUAGUUGCAUAUGACCCCGCAGCUUUGGGACCUGUUGGUGCCUCUACGGUUCGUGCUGCUGAGCUACUUCCCGAGCCUGCAUUGCGUCGUGGAGAUUCAGUGUAUCUGGUAGGAUUAAAUAGAAGCUUACAAGCAACAUCUAGAAAAUCAAUUGUGACCAAUCCAUGUGCUGCUCUUAAUAUUGGCUCAGCUGAUUGUCCACGGUACAGAGCAACAAAUAUGGAAGUCAUUGAGCUUGAUACUGAUUUUGGUAGUACAUUCUCUGGUGUACUUACAGAUGAGCAAGGAAGAGUUCAAGCUAUCUGGGGAAGCUUUUCAACAAAGUUGAAAUUUUGUCGCAAUUCAUCAGAAGUUCGUCUUGUUAGAGGUAUCCCAAUCUAUACGAUAAGCAAAGUUCUUGACAAAAUCAUUUCUGGUGCUGAUGGGACCCCCCUUCUCAUAAAUGGAGUCAAAAGGUCAAUGCCACUAGUUAGAGUCUUAGAGGUUGAACUUUAUCCUACAUUGCUUUCAAAGGCCCGGAGUUUUGGGUUGAGUGAUGAUUGGAUCCAAGCUCUUGUCAAGAAAGACCCAAUUAGGCGGCAGGUUUUACGUGUCAAAGGUUGUUUGGCUGGAUCAAAAGCUGAAAAUCUAUUAGAACAAGGUGACAUGGUAUUGGCAGUUAAUAAAGAGCCAGUUACUUGCUUCCGAGACAUAGAAAAUGUUUGUCAAGAAUUGGACAGUGGUGACAAUGAUAAGAAACUAAACUUGACCAUUUUUCGGCAUGGGUGUGAAAUGGAUCUUCUUGUUGGGACUGAUGUUAGAGAUGGGAAUGGGACAUCACGUGCAAUUAAUUGGUGUGGAUGUAUUGUUCAGGACCCUCAUCCAGCUGUUCGAGCCCUUGGUUUUCUUCCAGAAGAAGGUCAUGGUGUUUAUGUCGCAAGGUGGUGUCAUGGUAGUCCUGUUCACAGAUACGGAUUAUAUGCUCUUCAAUGGAUAGUUGAAGUCAAUGGAAAACCAACUCCUGAUAUAGACGCCUUUGUGAAUGUGACAAAGGAAUUGGAACAUGGGGAGUUUGUUCGUGUAAGGACAGUGCACCUGAAUGGCAAGCCUCAAGUUCUAACGUUGAAGCAGGAUUUGCACUACUGGCCUGCAUGGGAGCUGAGAUUUGACCCAGAGACUGCAAUCUGGCGUCGAAAUAUAAUCAAGGCUUUAGAUUGUAGUAUCAUAUGAAGAGAGCAUUUCAGUGGUGGAAGCAGUCAGCUCUAGAUGCCUGCUUAUGACACUGAAUUCGCCUCAGGUGAAGCAUGGCUUGACUCGGGCUGUCGGCUUCAGCCUGGGCAGAAAAUGGUUGUCUUGCACAUCUAUUUAUUGGGCGUAAAAAAUCUGGCAGCUAUUUUCAUAUUGUAUCAAAAAUACAAGGAUUGUGAGGUUCAUUUAUAUACUGUAAAAUUAUUUCAAUGUGAAUGGCUAUGUUUAAGUAGAUAAAAAUAAACAACAAAAAUCAGAUGCUUAUGUUACAAGUAUAAACCCUUACGUUAUUCACAAGGAGAAUGGUCUGUUUCAUUUCUCUUUUGUUCCUCCUUUUUUUUUUUCUGUAAAUAAAUUAUUUAAUAUAUG